AUGACUUCUUUCUCUAAUUUUGAUGAGAAAGCUUCGUUAAUAAAUUUAUGUGUUAAGACUUUACAAGUAGAAAAUAUUAAUUUUCACUUAUAUAGAUAGCUCCAUCUAGAAGAACAUAAAGUGAUUUAACCCAUCUCUUAUAAUUAGUAGAGGCUAUUACAUUUUUUAAGAAUCUUCAAUCUCAGAAUCCUGAUAUAGUUAUGAGAUGUAUGUCAGUUUUAAGUUACAAGACUGUAAAAAAAGAAGAAGUAAAUAUAAAUUUAUAAUUUUAAGAUAUUGUUUCAUGUUGGAGAUUCAGGAUCACUAUUCUAUAUAAUUCUUAAAGGAUCUGUGGGAGUUUUCAUUUUAUUGCCAAGUCCUGAUGAUUUCAAUAGAUUUGAAUUGAAAGAAGUGAACGUAUUAAAAGCUGGAAAUAGUUUUGGAGAGUUAGCUUUAUUGAAUGAUAAUGCUAAACGAACAGCAACAAUAAUAGCAAAAGAAGAUUGUAUGUUAGCAGUGAUGGAGAAACAUCAUUUUAAAGCAAUAUUGGGAGCUUAAGAAUAACAAAAAGUCUAAGAUCGAAUAUCGUUUUUAUGUUCUGUAAUAAUGAGAGAUAUUAUCAUAAUUCUAGUUCCCAUUUUUAUAAUCAUGGUCAUUUAGAGAAAUAAAGACAAUCAGUUAUCAUUUUGAACCAAUUUAAGUAACAUUAAAUUAAGCAGUGAUCAAAUAGAAUGAUUACUGCUCUAAUUUUUAUAUAGUGAGAGAAGGGUACGAUAUCUAUUAUGUUAUUUAGAAAGUAAUUUCGAAGUAACAUAUACAUUAAAUGAUUCUCAUAGAUUAAAAGGAAUAUCAUCUACUCAUAGCAUGUAAUAUUAAUAAUUAAAUAAUAGAUGUGUAUUAGGACCUGGAGAGUUUUUUGGUGAAGAAGCAUUCUUAAUGGAUGAUGGAAAGACAUUUAUUUUAAAAUUAUUCAAUAUAUUUACAAUAAGAUGGUAGAAAGUGAAAUGCUCAAUAAUUUGUAGAAGUUAGUGUGGUUAAAUAUUAAGAAUCAGUAGAGAAGACAUAAUAAAGUAAUUCAUUAAUUAAAUGUUAUAGGAGGUUUUGGGAUGAAAAAACAUAAUCAGUUUUUCUAUCAUUGUUAUAGUCAAUACAUUAAUUCAGAUUGAAUAAGAUGAGAUACUAUGAAGAGAUGGCAGAUGAUAAACUUAAAUAAAUUAAUGGUUAAGAAGGAAUAGAUUAAUUUGUUAAGCCUAUGCUCAAAGUUAAAGUUAGAAAUAAUUGUACUUUGAUGAGAAGAGAACCUCAAUAGGAGAAAUCUGAUAUGGUAGUAUUAUAGAUUUUAUUAUAAAGGAAUAUUAAUUUUAUAAGAAGUAAGAGAAAAAGGCAUUUGAAUAAUUUAAGAAAUUAUUUAAGGAUAGAAAUUGUUCAUAUGCUUAAGUCAAGACUUUUUUUGAUUAAAAAACUAUUGGAUCUUAAAACUAUAUAGAUCGCGAUUCUUAUUUUAAAUUGUUUUUCAGAUUUCCUUCAUAAUUGAAAAACAGUGAGAUAUCUUAAAGUUUAAGUCAAUAACAACCAAGCACAGCAAGAACUCAAUAUAGAUUGACUACAUAAACUAAAGAAGAACAAGAAAAGAGUGCUCAUUUUUCAACAAAGUAAAGAACGUAAUAAAUAUUAUCAAAAUUGAAAUUCCAUGAAGUUUUACCAAAGAGUAAAACAAUUCACUAUAGUAACAGUCCAUUAAGUAUUCAGAGAUUAGAACUCAGAAGAUUUGGAACUUAGAGUUACUUAUAAAUGAAAUGA